CAGAGGAAAGGUUUCUUUUUUUAAUCCCCCCCCACCCCCGUACGGAAAUCUGUGAGGUGUGCAGUACAGGCCCCAAAGAGCGGCUCGUGACCGUGGCGGGCCGCCGUUCCUGAGUCUCUCCUGGCCAUGGGCCCGCGGAGCAGCGCGCGUCGGGCGGGAGCAGUGCAGAGCACCAACGACAGCAGCGCCCUCAGCAAGAGCUCCCUGGCCGCGCGCGGGUACGUGCAGGACGCCUUCGCCGCGCUGCUGGUCCCGGGAGCCGCGCGCCGCGCGCCGCUCAUCCACCGCGGCUACUACGUCCGCGCACGCGCCGUGGGGCACUGCGUGCGCGCCUUCCUGGAGCGGGCUUGCGCGCACCCCGCAGGGCGUCGUUCCCAGAUCCUGUCUUUGGGUGCAGGCUCCGACUCGCUGUAUUUCCGCCUCAAAACUGCAGGCCGCCUCGCCGGGGCUGCUGUCUGGGAGGUGGACUUCCCGGAGGUGGCGCGGCGCAAAGCCGAGAGAAUUGGAGAGACGCCAGAACUGUGCGCGUUAACCGGCCCUUUCCGGAAGGGGGACCUGGCGUCGGCGCUGUGCUUUGAGAGCUUGGACUACCGCAUCCUGGGCCUGGACCUGCGGCAGCUGCAGCGACUGGACGAGGCCCUGGCCGGAGCGGGCCUUGGUGCGGACUCGCCCACUCUGCUCCUGGCAGAGGCCGUGCUGACCUACCUCGAGCCAGAUAAUGCCGCGGCCCUCAUCGCCUGGGCAGCCCAGCGGUUCUCUGAUGCCCUCUUCGUGAUCUACGAGCAGAUGAGGCCGGGAGACGCCUUUGGCCAGUUCAUGCUGCACCAUUUUCGGCAGCUGAAUUCGCCGCUCCAUGGCCUGGACCGCUUUCCUGACGUGGAGGCCCAGAGGGACCGCUUCCUUCGCGCUGGCUGGACUGCCUGCAGUGCCGUGGACAUGAAUGAAUUCUACCAGCGCUUUCUCCCCGCACAAGAACGCCAGAGAAUGGAAAAUCUGGAACCCUUUGACGAGUUUGAGGAGUGGCAUCUGAAGUGCGCCCACUACUUCAUUCUGGCAGCUUCUCGGGGAGACGCUUUCUCCCAAACUCUGGUGUUCCCACCCUCAGAGCAGUUUCCCCGGAUAGAUCCUGCUUCCCCUUCAGGAGUCUUCCCUGCCAGUGUAGCCACAAGGGACAUCCAGGGUCCGGGCCUUAAGAGAUACGGCCAUGCCUCCGUCCUCUUGAGCCCAAGCACCAUUCUCACUGCGGGAGGAUUUGGAGAGCAGGAUGGGCGGCACUGCCGCGUGAGCGAGUUCCACCUGCUCUCAAGAGACUGCCCCUUUGAAUGGAAAGGCAGCCAGAUAUGCAGUUGGGAGACGGGGGCUCAGUGGGAUGGACGCCUUUAUCACACAAUGACGAGACUUUCGGAUACUCAGGUUCUCAUCCUGGGAGGGAGACUUUCCCCAGUAAACCCAGCCUGGAAGGUUCUCAAACUUCAUUUUCCUAAGAGUGAAGAUAAAAGCAGUGAGGGUGUGAACGUGACCAUAACGAAGACUGACCCAGAAGAUUUCUCUUUGUCAUGUUGGCGGCAUUCAACGACAGAAGUGUCCUGUCAGAAUCAGAAAUACGUGUUUGUGUAUGGGGGUCGAAGCGUGGUGGAGCCCGUAUUAAGUGACUGGCAUUUCCUCCAUUUAGAGACUAUGGCCUGGGUCAGGAUCCCUGUGGAGGGGGCUGCACCUGAAGCUCGACAUUCCCACAGCGCCUGCGGUUGGCAAGGGGGAGCCCUUAUUGCUGGAGGCCUGGGGGCUUCUGAGCAGCCAUUGAACUCUGUAUUCUUUCUGAAACCAGUUGCUUGCGGAUUCCUCUGGGAAUCAGUAGACAUUCAGCCUCCCAUUACCCCAAGAUAUUCCCACACAGCUCACGUGCUCAAUGGAAAGCUGUUGUUGGUUGGAGGAGUGUGGAUUAAUUCCUCCUCGUUUCCUGGAGUGACUGUAAUCAAUUUGACUACAGGAUUGAGCUCUGAGUACCAGAUUGACACAACAUCUGUGCCCUGGCCUUUAAUGGUACACAACCAUACUAGUAUCCUCCUUCCUGAAGAGCAACAGCUCUUGCUCCUUGGAGGCGGUGGGAACUGCUUUUCCUUUGGCACUUACUUCAACCCCCAUGCAGUAACAUUAGACCUGUCAUCUCUAAGCACUGAGCAGUAAGGACUGGACUGGUAUAUUCAGGACCCACUAAAGUAGAUAAUAAAGGUUUCCAUAAAUAGGACUUGACUCUGGCUAUAAGUAUUGCUAUCCCCCCCCCUUUUUUUUUCCUUAACUAUAUUCAGCACAGAAAGCAUAAAAGAUUAUAAAAUACAUAACAAUCAUUAGGAUAGUAAAAAAAGUAAAAUCUAGCUAGAAUACAGAGGCCAUACAGGCCUUUGUAUUCAUAUGUUCUGUUUGUUGGUCUUCCUCCAAUUAGGUAAUCUAAGUUAAAGCAUUUAUUGAGUUAAAAUGGCCUUUUACCUAAGUCAAGAAAAAAAUGUGCCAAGCCUGAGCCUUGUGAUUUGAGAAGGUGCCUUGGAAAAAGCUUCAUACAGAUAUUUGAUGUGAACAGAGUUGAGACAGGUGUGUGGUUGUCACUCGGGGCAUCCAUAUCAGAGUACCUUUUUUGAGUUCCAUGUAAUCUGCUUCUGAUGUAGCAUCCUGCUAAUGAACACCCUGGAAGGCAGCAGAUGGCUCAAAUACCUGGGUCCCUGCAAUUGACAUAGGAGACCUCGGUGGUGUACCAGGCUCCUGGCUUCAGCCUUACGUAGGCCUGGCUGGUGCAGGUAUUGGGCGAGUGAACCAGCAGAUGGAAGAUUGUCUUUGCCUGUCAAAUAAAAUAAG